CUUAGCAACGAUGAUCCGCUUCGGCAACGCGUCCUGUGUUGCUAAGAAGGUAUUAAAGUCCUUUCAAGUAUUUCACUGUAAUAUUGUUGUCUGAAGUUAUCAAAGUCCUUCUCGUAGGUAUGCUAAAUUCAUAUCAUUCGUGAAAAUGUACUUUUCAUGAAAGUACAUAGAAUAUAUUUUUGUUUACAACUGUUUUUAAAAGUUUAUCAAACCCGGAAGUGGUUACCAACAAUAAAUCUGAUAGUGCGUGAGCACCCACCGACUGUAGAACCAUUGCUUUGUCAAACACGAGAGCAGGCGAGACGAAUACAGUUAUCUGGUAAUGUAAUUAUGUCUGCGUGAUAGUUAUACACGUUAUGGACGUUAAGAUAGGAGAUGUUAAAGAUCUAGAAAACUGUUCUUUUAUGACAGAAGAUGUUGAAUGUGUUUUCGUGUCAAAAGGCACACUUGGAUUAUUUUGAUCUAGAAUUUUAUUCAGUAAGCAGUCACAACAAUGCCACUCAAGAAAGGGAAGAAGAAAGGUAGUGGGAAGAAAAGGUCUGCUAAAAAGAAACUGUCUAAGGCAGAGAAAGAACGAGAGAAACUUGAAAAAGCAACCGAACUCCUCACAACAGACGCAAAUUCUUUCGAUAACUUUGUCGACCGUAUAGAUAGAUGGUUAGCUAGUAACAGACACAAAGCUAUUGAAUUAUUUCGAAAGUGUGACGUUAAUGGGGACGGCGUGUUGACAUACGAUGAGUUCAAAGCCGGUAUGUUGGACAUGGAAGCACCAUGCUCUACCGUCGAGCUGCAUGCGCUUGCCAAGAACAUCGAUAAGGAUCAAGACGGUACAAUCGACUAUCUGGAAUUCACAAAGGGAUUACGGUACACAGAAAUGGCAAAUAAUGCUCCGAGUCUAGUCUCAACUAGAGUAGAAUCAAAUCCAUGCCCUGUUUGUAGUGUUGGACUUUGGCAGCCGCCUGUUGUUCACAGGCCUCGGUAUAUCAGGCUGCACCUUCGUCUUUCAACAUUUGACAAUCUCCGAUCGUACCCCGGACAUUUCACUGUGACUGUACACUCGCAUAUUUCUAUUUAUGGUAUAACAGAGAUCAUCAAAGAGGAGAUUGAUGUUUGCUCAACUAAAAUUAAAAUUUUUCGCGGGAAAGCUCGAGAAACGAGUAACCUCUUACAAGCAGACGAUACUUUAGAUACUCUGGGGUUUGAAGGAGGAACGAAAAAUGAACCGGUAGAUUUGACAUUGUAUUAUGAUUAUACGACAGAGUUUCAUGACUGUCCAAUUCUACUUACUGAUCAUUAUUUUAUUAAGUAAAUAGCACAGCGUGCAUUGUUAAUGUAUCCACUUGAUAUAACAAGUUGCAGAGAGUGAAUUGUUUUUACUGUUAAUAGGCAUAGGCCUAUUUUUAAUUACAUCUAGGCCCUAUGCAAGACGUAAAUAAAACAGACGUAAAACAGCCUUGAUGUGACAGGAACCUAAGACCCUGGGAUCAAAAGGCAAGCAUCUCAACCACAGAGCUGUUCAACUCCACUCCUAAUUAUCUUUAUUAUAUUUGUAAUUUUAUCGAAUUAUUCAUACUUGUAUGCAAAAUAAAUUCAAACAGAAAUACUG